AUGUGGCCUCCUUCCUUUUCUGGUGCUGAGGGACCUUUAGUAGCAGAGGAGUUCUUCAAGGUCACUGAGACUAUUCUCACGGUGACCCGCAUUGCACAUGCUGAGUGGGUAGACCUCAUGAAUAUUCAGCUUACUGAUACCGCUCGGAUAUGGUGGGCAGCUGAGAAGACUCAUCUAGAGAGGCCCAUUCCAUGGGAGACGUUCACCGAGCACUUCAACAGGAAAUAUUUUCCUCAGUCAGCUCGGGAUGAACUCCUACGUAGAUUUGUUGAGCUUAAGCAAGGAGGGCGAAUAGUUGAUGAGUACGAGGCCGAAUUUUCUUCUUUGAGUCAAUAUGCUCCCCACUUGGUUACAGACCCUACGAUUAGGAGGCAUCAGUUUCAGAAGGGUUUGAACAAGUACAUUAGGAUGGCUCUGGCAGGUAGAGCUUUGGCGACCCAUGAUGCGGUACUAAAUGCAGUACGUGAGAUUGAGGGCGUGCAUAAGGAACCUGAAGACCCACAUGAGAUUUAG